UGUUCAUGGGGUCGUCUUCAAUGCCAUUUACCACACAACCAUCAACUCAUUUUCAAGGCUUUCCAGCCAUGGGAGUUCCUGUGCCUGCAGCAACUGGGAUGAUGGGGAACAUGAUGGGACAAUCGGUGCCGGUCAUGGGACAGAGCACAGGCGUGAUGGUAGGAAUGGGAAUGCCCAAUGGAUUUACUGGUACUGCACAAACUGGUGUGAUGGGACUUCCUCAAAAUGUCGUUGGACCUCAAGGAGGAAUGGUGGGACAGAUGGUCACGCCACAAAAUAAGUAUGGAUUGCAACAAAACCAACAAGCUCAAUGGAACCUCCCUCAGAUGAAUCAGCAAAUGGCUGGGAUGAAUCUCAGCAGUUCCAGCAACGUGAUGGGCUUUGGGCAGCCCCCCAGCACAGCGGCAGGAUGGACUGGAAGCUCGUCUGGUCAGACUCUCAGCACACAACUGUGGAAAUGAAAGUUGCAAUAGCAGCCUCUCCCAGAACAGCCACCUGACAUUCCUUGUUCAAACGCAUUUACUUUUGCUGUUCCUUCCAUGUACAUAUUCUUUUUCUUUUUCCCCAGCUGUUCAGAUUAAGAAUAUAACUGACUGACCGUGUUGUGGUCUAUAUUGAUUUAAACUUGAUGUAGUGAAAAGCAGAUCAAGAAUCCAUUUAUACAUCAUUGGCAGCGUUUUCAUACAACACAUGAUUUCAUAGACCGUAUAUUUAAGAAGCUGCUUAACCACAUACUGAUUUUUUUCCCCUGGAAAUUCUAGAUCAAAUGUUUGCAUAUAAGGGAUGUAGCUAUCAUGUUAGUAAUAUCCAAAAAUAUGAACCCUGACCCCCCAAAAUUACCCAGUAAUCCUGUAGAAGGUACUGUAUGAACAAAUGUUUAAUCAUAUAUAAAUAGAAUGUAAAUGUAUCACUGAGCAAUGUUUUCUAGUGUAUCAGACAAAUUUUGUUUCAUCAUACAUUUCACUGUGAUGUUAUUAUGGUGUGCAUAACAGGGAAUAUGGUUAUUGAAAGAAAGAUAAACCUGGAUGUUGCUGUACUUCUGCAAAUCGAUAGUUUAUUCUUUUAAAAAUGAGUGUUUGAUCCAUUUGAGUUUCCUGUGAUGAAGUAUCCAAUCUGGCUCACGAGGCACAUACACAGUAUUAGUGCUGAGAACUGGUGGCACAAUAUGCAUACAAGGUGACUCGGUGUGAACAGAUAUAUUUUUCCUUGCAGAGAUAUCCAGGUUUAUGACAGUGAUUGUGUUUACAUUUUAUGGUGCCUCGUAAUGAUAAAAUGUUAUUUCCCUAUAUUAAAAGGAUAAAUCCAUAAA